AUGAAAACUGUCGCGACGUUUGCGGCCGGCGCAUUAGUCGCUUCCGUUGCUCGAGCGCAAGUGGUACAAUGGGAUAUACAUAGAAGGCAGACUGGAACUAAGCUUGAAAGGCGACAAGAUGGAACAGUUACAGAGGUUAUCACCAACGAGCAACUUAGAGGGGGUUAUUUUGCCUCUUGUACAGUCGGCACUCCUGCGCAGAAGUUAACAUUACAACUGGAUACCGGAUCGAGCGACAUUUGGGUACCCUCGAGCAGCUCUAGCGUCUGCCAAGAAACUAACGAUAAUCCGGGCUGCAAUCUGGGAUCUUUUGACGAAAGCGAUUCUACAUCCUUCUCUGUCGUGGGGCAAGAUCAAUUUAGCAUUUCUUAUGUCGACGGUAGUCACUCGAAAGGCGAUUAUAUCGCAGAGACGUUUGGAAUCGGCGACGCCACCUUGACCAAUUUGACUAUGGGUCUUGGCGUCAAUACCGAUAUCCCAUAUGGCCUCGUUGGCGUGGGAUAUGUAGCGAGCGAGGCUAUUGUCGGUAGCACCCGCUCUACCUCUUCUACAUAUGAUAAUCUUCCAGUAAAGAUGCAGAAGCAGGGACUUAUUGCUACCAAUGCGUAUAGCUUGUGGUUAAAUGAUCUAGAUGCGAGCACUGGUAGUAUCUUGUUCGGCGGAAUCGAUACUGAGAAGUACCGUGGCGACCUUACUCGAAUAAACAUCUACAAAGAUUCGCGCUCCGGAGUUUUUUCGACCUUUACUGUCGCUUUAACGUCCGUACAAGCGUCCUCUCCAUCAGGAACCGACUCCCUCUCUUCCGAGUUCCCCAUUCCCGUCGUCCUUGACUCUGGCACCACAUUCAGCUAUUUGCCGACAGACCUAGCAGAACAGAUCUGGCACGAGGUAGGCGCCAGUUAUUACACUCAAGUGAACCUUCCGUUGCUCCCCUGUAGCAUGGGAAAUAGCCAAGGCCACUUCUCGUUCGGGUUCGGCGGUUCUGGCGGUCCAGCCAUCAAUGUUACGAUGGACGAGCUUGUUCUGCCCGUGGAUGGUGUUACCAAAUUUGAAGACGGCCCAAACAAAGGAGAAGUGGUCUGUCAAUUCGGUAUCCAAAAUUUCAGCAGCAGCAGUGCAACAUUUCUUUUAGGGGACACUUUCUUGCGGUCGGCUUAUGUUGUCUACGACUUGGUUAACAAUGAAGUUGCGAUUGCACCUACAGAUUUCAACUCUACCACAUCUAACGUUGUCGCAUUCCCCAGUCUUGGUGCUCAAAUUCCUUCGGCUACCGCGGCGCCUAACCAAGCCGAGGUAACCCAGAGUAGCUCUCUUGAGUCACCGUCGUACGGUGCCAGCGGCGGCUUUAAAGAUUCUGCCGCAUCACUACCGCCUCCCUUAGAUUUUUCUAGGAUAGCCAUCAUGGGAGCCAGUAUGAGUCUAGUGAUGCCAAGAUAUGCCGCAGCCACUUCCGCCGCUAGCGCAGCGUUGAAGAAAGCUGCCGAAGAGGCGGCGAGCCUUACACCUGAAGCCGUCUUUGCCAAGAUGAGCCCAGAAGAAAAGAAGCGGUUAUCCAGAGUGCGCAACAUUGGUAUCGCCGCACAUAUUGAUAGCGGAAAGACCACUGCUACCGAGCGGGUACUAUUCUAUACGGGACGAAUUAAGGCUAUUCACGAAGUGCGAGGUAGGGAUGGAGCAGGCGCCAAGAUGGACUCUAUGGAACUCGAGCGAGAGAAGGGAAUCACCAUUCAGUCCGCUGCUACGUUCUGUGACUGGAAGAAAGUAGAAGAUGGGGAGGAGCAUACCUAUCACAUCAACUUGAUCGAUACACCAGGACAUAUUGAUUUUACUAUCGAGGUCGAACGCGCCCUGAGAGUUCUGGACGGAGCUGUCAUGAUUCUUUGCGCUGUCAGCGGCGUUCAGUCCCAGACCAUUACUGUAGACAGGCAGAUGAAGCGGUACAAUAUCCCCCGAAUUAGUUUCGUGAACAAGAUGGACCGAAUGGGUGCCAACCCUUGGAAGGCUGUCGAGCAGAUCAAUUCCAAGUUAAAGAUCCCUGCCGCAGCUAUUCAAAUACCGAUUGGUGCCGAGGACCAAUUCAAAGGAGUUGUCGACCUGAUAGGCAUGAAAGCUAUCUACAGCGAAGGACCUAAGGGAACAAUUGUUCGAACAGGUCCCAUCCCCGAGGACCUGAAGGAGCUUGCGGAGCAGAAACGUCAGGAACUGAUCGAGAAACUAGCAGAUGUUGAUGACGAGAUUGCCGAAAUUUUCCUAGAAGAGGGUACCCCGUCCAACGAGCAGAUCAUGGCCGCCAUCCGAAGGGCGACUAUUGCCUUAAAGUUCUCGCCAGUUAUGAUGGGCUCUGCUUUAGCCGAUAAAUCUAUCCAACCCUUACUUGACGCUGUUUGCGACUACCUGCCUAACCCCGCCGACGUUGAAAAUGUGGCUUUAGAUCGCACCAAGGAUGAGGCGGAAACUCAGCUAGUUCCCUAUAACUCGCUACCGUUUGUUGGUCUAGCGUUCAAGCUCGAAGAGAACAAUUAUGGCCAGCUCACCUAUAUCCGAGUCUACCAGGGUACCCUGAAGAAGGGUACUUAUCUCUUCAACUCACGAACUGACAAGAAGGUCAGAAUUCCCCGAAUCGUGCGGAUGCAUUCCAACGAGAUGGAAGAUGUCAACGAGAUUGGUGCCGGUGAGAUUUGUGCUGUAUUCGGUGUCGAGUGUGCUUCGGGUGAUACAUUCACGGACGGAAACUUGCCAUAUACCAUGUCUUCCAUGUUCGUACCCGAUGCAGUCAUGUCGCUUUCUAUUAAGCCCAAGCGAAGCACGGACGCCGACAAUUUCAGUAAGGCAAUGAACCGAUUCCAACGUGAAGACCCUACCUUCAGAUUAUUUGUCGACGAGGAAAGUGAAGAGACUAUCAUCUCAGGCAUGGGCGAGUUGCACUUGGAAAUUUACAUCGAACGUCUACGACGAGAAUAUAAGGUCGACUGUAUCACUGGCCAACCCCGAGUAGCAUACCGUGAGACCAUCAGCAACAAGGCCGAGUUCGACUACCUACUAAAGAGACAGACUGGCGGACCCGGUGACUUUGCUCGUGUCGGCGGAUGGAUCGAACCGAACGAGGAGCCGGAGAAGAAUAGCUUCUCUAACCAGGUUGUGGGCGGUGCUAUUCCGGACAAGUUCAUCUCCGCCUGUUCUAAAGGUUUCGAGGUCGCCUGUGAGAAGGGUCCUCUGCUUGGCCACAAGGUUAUCGGAGCCCGCAUGGUAGUAAAUGAUGGUGCGACACACGUCACAGAUUCUUCCGAUUUUGCCUUCAGUCUGGCAGCGCAGAUGGCAUUUCGCAAGACCUUCCCGGAGGCUGGCGGUCAAGUCCUGGAGCCGUUGAUGAAGACGACCAUUAUGGCACCCAACGAGUUCCAGGGUAACAUCCUCAUGUUGAUGAACAAGCGUAACGCGACCAUCAUUGACACAGAGAUCGGUUCCGAGGACUUUACCCUGAUCGCAGACUGCAGCUUGAAUGCUAUGUUCGGUUUCAGUACGCAGCUAAGAGCAGCCACUCAAGGAAAGGGAGAAUUCAGCAUGGAGUUUUCUCAUUACGCGCCCGCGCCGCCGCAUCUACAGAGGGAGUUGGUAGCCAAGUACGAGAAGGAGCUCGAGGCUAAGAGGACUAAGUAA